UUGGAGCCAGUGCAGGGAGAGAGCCCAGAAAGGCACACAGAGUGGCAGUAUAUAUUGAGCAGCCCCAAGUGUUUUUGGCUCCUUUCACAGAAGUACAAGGUGUGCUACUGUGUCCUACACGGUGGGAUCCACUGGCUUCAGACAUGGCCCGGCUGGUCCUCCCCGUCUUCCUCGUACUCUGCCUCUCUCUGCUCCCCGUGUGCUACAGCCGACCAUCUCGCACCAGGAAGGCGGUUUCAGCUCGGCAGUCUGGAGAUGCAGCUGCAGAGGAAGAUGAUGUGAAGUCCCAGAUUGAGAAAUUGUGGCAGGAGGUGAAUUCACUGAAAGAGAUGCAGGCGCUGCAGACAGUCUGUCUCCGAGGCAUCAAAGCUCACAAGAAGUGUUAUCUGACAAUUGAGGAACCAAAACAUUAUCAUGAAGCAAAUGAGGACUGCAUUGCACAGGGAGGAACUCUUGCAACUCCACGGGACGUGACAGAAAACAAUGAACUGAGAGACUAUGCAAAGAGGAGCUCUCCGGGAUCCAAGGACUUCUGGAUUGGUGUCGCGGACAUAGUGAAAGAAGGCCAGUAUGUUGAUGUCAACAGCCUGCCAGUCAACUACUUCAACUGGGAUCGCUCCAAGAAGCAGCCCACAGGAACGAAGAGGGAGAGUUGUGUUGCUCUUUCAGUGGCAGCGCAGGGGAAAUGGUAUGAUGAGGUGUGUCGCAGCCUAAAAAAGUACAUCUGUGAAUAUGUCAUUCCCUAAAGGAGAGGUUGUUGAUAAAUGGCUUUAAUUGAUUGAACUUGAACAAAAUUGUGUUGUCAACUGCAGAAACCUUACUGGUUUUGAAAUUUCUUUCAAUAAAGUAAAUCUGUUAAGACGGAAGCAAACUGUAAUCUUCAGAAAAUCAGGUGGCAACAUGUAAUUUCUCUGUGGUAAGAGAUACCAGACAAUUUCACGUUCAGUUUCAAAGCAUCAGGCGAUGACUGAGCAGCAUGAGAAGUUAGAAAUUCUGAAUGUUGUUUUCCAGAAAUAAAUAAUAAUAUACACUUUU